UGACGUCACUUCCCUUUGUCCUGUCGUGUAACUUGUGUUUGUAAGUUUAGCUUUUACGUCCUACGGAUGUGUUAAAUGUAUUAAAGCGUUCCAACAUGUUGUUGUACUAGUCUUGACGUGAGCAUGCUUUACCGGUUACGAGCCAGUAAGGCUUAGUUUAGUGCCGUUUAAUGCUGAAUGCUACUCUGUUAGCCAGUUAGCUUUAUUGCCAGGUGACGUUAGCUGUCAACGGAGCCACGGUGUUUUCAGCCGGUUAGCACGUGCCAGCAGUAUGGAGAAUUCAGAGACCCGUCCUUUAUCCGGUCCGGUGACAAUGCCAGACAGAGACGUGGUGCUAACCUCAGACGCCUCUGGGCAGCUGUCAGAGUCCAGGUCCUCCAAGCACAGGGAGCACUCAUCCAAGUCGCCAAGGAAACGGCGGGAGGGGAAGCGGCUGCAGCGACGGGGGGAUGGUCCUGAACAGCUGCUCUGGGAGGUCGAGCACCGGAGGUUGCCAGGCCAACAUGAGCACUUGGAGCCCUCGGGAUCCUCGAGUGACACAGCAGAAAGCUCACCUAAGAGGUUUGCAUUGCAGGUUGACAGGAGAGCCCACUUUCUACAUGGACCGUACCCCGCCACUCACUUCGGACCCAAAGCCUGUAUUCUUCCAAAUCCAACUUCAGUCAUGCACAUCCAGGACCCAGCCAGUCAGCGGCUCACCUGGAAUAAACCUCCGGUUAAUGUGCUUGUCAUCCGUAAAAUCAGAGAUGAGAGCGUGGUGGAGCCUUUCAAAGAGCUUUGCGGGUUUCUAGUGGAGGAGAAGCAGAUGAUGGUGUAUGUGGAACGCAAAGUUGCAGACGAUGCUUCACUGUCAGAGGACGAGGCCUUUGGCUCCAUUCGCAAUCAGCUCUGCACCUUCAGAGAGGGUUAUGAUGAUAUCUCUGACUGCAUAGAUUUGAUCAUUUGUCUGGGUGGAGAUGGAACUCUACUCUACGCUUCCUCUCUCUUUCAGGGCAGCGUUCCUCCAGUUAUGGCGUUUCACCUCGGUUCUUUGGGUUUCCUGACGCCUUUCAAGUUUGAGGCAUACAAGACAGAAAUAGCCAAAGUGUUUGAAGGCAACGCUGCCAUCACUCUGCGCAGUCGUCUGAAGGUGAAGGUGGUGAAGGACAUGCUUCAGAGGACAGGCCAGCAGCAAAACGGACUUCCUCACGGACAUGCCAACUGUGAGGCUGGCAAGGUCACGCUGCAGCUGCAGGUGUUGAACGAGGUGGUGGUGGAUCGAGGACCUUCCUCCUACUUGUCAAAUGUGGACUUAUACCUGGAUGGACGACUCAUCACCUCCGUGCAGGGUGACGGUGUGAUUGUGUCCACGCCAACAGGCAGCACAGCAUAUGCUGCUGCAGCAGGAGCCUCCAUGAUCCACCCCAACGUGCCGGCCAUCAUGGUCACGCCCAUCUGCCCGCAUUCGCUCUCCUUCAGGCCCAUCGUUGUCCCCGCUGGGGUGGAACUCAUGAUCACCUUGUCACCUGAUGCCAGAAACACUGCCUGGGUGUCGUUUGAUGGCAGGAAGAGACAGGAGAUCCAGCACGGAGACUGCAUCAAGAUCACCACAUCUUGUUACCCGGUGCCAUCGAUUUGCUGUCAUGACCUGGUGUAUGAUUGGUUCGAAAGUCUGGCUCAGUGUUUGCAUUGGAACGUUCGCAAGAGGCAGACCCGCCUGGCAGACGUCUCCGACUCAUCUGACACUGAAAACUGAAUCAUCAGGUGCUUCACACUGAGAAUGUGUCUAUAGCAGAAUCAGUCCUACAUUAUAACCUCUAUACAUUGCAGUCCAGUACAUAAGAUUUAUUUGUAGCCGACAGGGAGAAACCAUGUUUCUCACCUAGAACUGAAACAUUGUCAAUUACAUUAAUACAUUAGCGCGAACAAUAAAUAUGUGAGAUAACCUAAAUCUCUUUAUAGAUCCUCUGACUUGUUUUGGAGUUGAGCACUUUAUCUGUUACUGGAAUGAUGUUGGUGUGAUUAUAAGUGGAUAUAACGCUGUUAAGGAUGAAGGAUGUUUUCUUCUGAACCCUAUUAUGUGAAAAUAUUUAUCCAUGCCAUAUUUAUAUAUUUUCAACAUGAACCAAGUCAAAAGUUGCACAUUUCUAAUUUAAUUUCUGAUAUUAAGCUAAAAAUGUCACUUGUUUUGUACAUCAGUUGAAAUGCUGCAAAGAUGAAUGCAGUACGUCAAAGGAACUGAGACAGAAUCUGGGACAAUAAAGCACUAAACCUGAA